CUGCUUAGCAACAAGCAUUAGGCGAGCCACCGCUAGCUUCUCAGCACCAGCGUAGCAAACUGGAGCCGUAGCUCACCAAAGAUAGGAAUGCUUUUCCACGCAGUUCGUCCAAUAACAACCCCUCAGCUUUAGAGGUUAAAUAAUAUUUUAUCCGCAUUUGUAACCGGUGACGUCACUUCUUCUGUUCUCUAUCAGACAGAAAUCAUUAACGCCCCGGAGGUUUGUCUCGGAAAAAAGUGGCUAACCUAAGCAAGGUAACCUUAGCGCCGUAGUCUGGCGUCUCCACUGGCUGCAGAGAGGAACAGGUCGAGGACGUAGAUAUGUCAUUGCGGAUUAGCUGGCCGGUUAGCUGACCUAAUGUUGGUGGAGAAGUUCUAACCAAAUUCCACAGUUGGUGUAUGUUUGCGUCGCAUCAUCGGAACCGCUGAGGGCAACUCAAGAAAACCAGCCACCAUGUUGGAAGAGGACAUGGAAGUGGCCAUCAAAGUGGUGGUGGUCGGUAACGGAGCUGUUGGCAAGUCCAGUAUGAUCCAGCGUUACUGCAAGGGCAUUUUCACCAAAGACUACAAAAAGACGAUCGGGGUGGACUUUCUAGAAAGACAGAUUAUUGUAAAUGGCGAGGAGGUCCGACUAAUGCUCUGGGACACCGCCGGACAGGAAGAGUUUGACGCCAUUACCAAGGCUUACUACAGAGGCGCCCAGGCCUGCGUUCUGGUCUUCUCCACAACUGACCGGGAGUCCUACCAGGCCAUCGACAGCUGGCGGGAGAAGGUGGAGGCAGAGGUUGGCAAUAUCCCCACCGUCCUGGUGCAAAACAAAAUCGAUCUCCUGGAAGAAACCGUGAUAAAGAACGAGGAGGCAGAAGCUUUGGCCAAAAGACUUAAACUGAGAUUUUAUCGCGCGUCUGUGAAAGAGGAUCUAAAUGUCAACGAGGUCUUUAAGUACUUGGCAGAGAAGUACCUCCAGAGGCUCAAACAGCAAACCGCAGAGGAAACGGAGGUGGUCCACUCUACAAGCAAUAAAAUUGGUGUCUUCAAUACCAUUAGUAGCAAUGCAAGCAACCAGAGCUCCAGCAAUGGCAGAGAGGUGAUCACUUUACGGCCCAACAAACAGAGGACAAAGAAGAGUAAAAACCCCUUUGGAGGCUGCAGUCUGCUCUAGAGAACGUUUUCCAACGACUCAGCGUUCGGUUUGAGCCACUCACAUUCACGGUUAAGAUAACGUCCGUCAUUGUUGUAUUACCCGGAGUUAGGUCCACAAGGACUGGGAAUGUCAAUAUAACGUCGUCGCCCGUUACUAAUGAUAUUAUCUGCACACUAAACUAGGCAACGUUUUUACAGUUGCGAUUGCCUUAAAUGCCAGCAACAGGCUGCAGUUUCCUUUUUGUGGGGCCCGUAUAAAUUAUAUAUUAGAGUGUUGCUGGAUUGUUUCCCCCCUCAGAUCCUUCUUGGUAUAGAAAUUUAUCCAGAUGUGUUAUGGCGAAAGUUGCACUCGGACUCUGGAAACAUUUCCACCAAUGUGAUGUUUUUGUUUUUUGUUUUUUUUUGUUUUUUUUUACACAGCUACUCAUUGCUGUGUUCAACAUGUACGGCGCGCAAUACGUUUGCAUGUGUUUUAAAAGAUACGCAGAUUAUUUUGUACCAUAUUUUUCUAACAAAUAACAGAAUAUGGUCCAAACUAUCGCUGUUUAUCCCAAAACCGAUCCAGAGGAAAAUUGUAUUUUUGUAUUAAGCACAAUAGUGUUGAGAGAAUAUUAUGUGCCAAAUUUACUCUUUCUGAGUGGUGGUUCAGGAAGAAAAAAAAAAAUCAUAUUUCAAUUAAACCUCAAAUUUAUAGAACGUGGUCCUCUGAGUUCUGAGUGAAUCAACAAUUACUCAAAAAUAUUCCUUUUAAUGUACACUUUUUAAUGAGAGGUAUAACCUGUAUUUAGAUAUGUUAAUGAUGCUCAGCGCUUUGAGCUUUAUUACCUAAACUACAAUUAGCGAUGCUCUAUUUUCAAGGCACCUGUGGUACACUUUAUACUUUCUUUUUAUCACUGAACUUCAUUUCUGCUGUCUGUCAUUUAGCCGUGAAUGCUAAGUAUUCAGAGUGAAACUAACGGUUUGGGGGGGUAAUUUUAAUCUUAACAUUUUAGAUAUUCUGGCGUAAGCCUGCAAAGAUUAAAAGCCCACUGCUUAGCAACAUCUGUGCCUGUGGCAGUAAGUCUAUAACAGAAUGUAAAACCGUGGCUCUCAGGCAGUGUCGCAAGCUGGCCAUUAGGACAGGAUAUUAAAGUGUUUAUGUACUUGUCUUUGCCUGAAUGUAAAAAAAAAAAAAAAAAAAAAA